CUUUAUUUAUGAAACCAGAGUAGAUUGCUACUGUUGAUCCAUUUGAUUUUAUAAUGAUUCCUACUGAUCAAAAUUAAUAGUUACAAUUCAAAUUUGGGAAUCCUUUGCUUGAAGAAUCAGCUUCUACCAUUUCCAAGUAUGACAAAUUAAAUACCUAAGAAAAAUUGGAGAUUUUGAAGGAAAAUAUUACUCAUUCAUUACCUCUUUAUUUAGUAGCCAAUAUAGGCUUUAUUUUGAUGUUGAUAAUCAAUAUAUACUACGUAAAUUAACUUUAUUGCAUGCCCCAAUUAUAUAUAAAGGAGAUUGGACAUUAAGUAUAAACAUUUUUUAAUUUUUAUAGAUGAUGAAUCAUAGAAGUUUUCUUAAACCAAAAAUAUUCAUAGUCUUGAUUUAUAUUUGCCUUUAAUGGGUUUAAUUACUUUAGUAUUACUUCGAUGUUUAAAUGCCGCAAUUUCUAAUGCCAUUCAAUACACCUCUAUAUAUAUGAUCAAUACAUUUUGGAAAUGUCUCUUAGUCUCAGCUAUUGAGGUAGUAAUUACACGAAUUUUAUUUUGUUUAUUUGGUAAUUUUAAAGUUACUAUUAUUGAUUUGAUCUCAACUUCAAAUUACAAAUAUUGCAAGUAUCAUAAUUGAUAAAUGUAUAAGUUUAUCCACUCUCUACAUUUUUAACUUGAUUACAUUUCAUAUCUUUUCAGCAGUCGCAACUAUUUAUAUUUUGUUUAGUUAAGCUAUUUUUGUGUAUAAAUCUUCAUAAAUCUGUAUAGAGAAACAUGAUUAAAACAAUCAAGGUAUAAGAUUUUUAUAAUUAAGAACAUGAGAAUAGUUUUGAACCAACUUUAGCCUUUAUAAUUUCUAUGCUUUAAAUUACCUGUUCAUGUGUUCUUUUAUACGUUUUAUGA